GAUUUUCCUAAGUUUUCCUUCUUUCUGUAAUGCUUAUUUCCCUUUCACGCUGUGUAUAUUGUGUUUGUUUACGUGUUUUGUAAAGAGUUAUUUAAAAUCUUAUCACGAAUAGACGUUGAAAUAGUUGCGUUGUGCAGCAAGAAUCGCCCUAAUGGCUCAACAGGGUACAUCGCCACGGAAUCGCACCCCGUUGGCCGAGCUACCGGUCGUACCGGGUGCAACGGUAACGCACUCCUCACCUACCCCGGGCCAAACCCCUGCCACACCGCAACGGGCUGUGCUAGGGCCACGACUGAUCGAUAGCCCUAGUGGGAACAUACCGGACAGCAUUCUUACGCCGACACUCUCCCCGGAAGAGAUGGUCAUCCGUCAGCGUGGUCGCCGCCGUCGACCCGUCAUCUGGUCGCCGGACAAUCAUGACCGUGCCUUCUUCCCAUCGCCGAUGCAAACACCACCGAAAAACACGUCCACGAUGACGCUUCGCAACUCGCCCAGGAAACGAUCGUUAAUGCAGGAAUUUUCCGACGUUCCGUCAACGAGCGGCUACGCAUCGCCUUCGAAGAAAUUGCAAACAGCAAACCCAUCAACCGGCGAUUCACCCGGAUCCACUUUGAAGAAGUCGAGGGUGCACGAAACGGCCAUGAAUCGUCAAAAUACAGCCAUACCAUUAAACACCAUACUGAAAGGAUACAGCCACGAUCAGUUGAUAAGCAUUAUCGGUUCAAUUGUAGCCAAAAACGAACAGCUUGACGGUGCUAUUCGGCGCGAAUUGCCACUGCCAGACAUAAGCCCCCUGGAUGGGGAAUUGGGCUGCAUUAAGAAGAAUAUUUACGCCAGCGUUCCCAACCUCAAGCUGUUUAGCCGUACCGAUGGGCAUGGAUUUUUGCGCGCCGCUACUCAUCUGGCCACGUUCAAGCAAACCAUCCACAGACAGGCACAGAAUCUGUCGGCCUCCCGCCACUGGGACGCACUGCUCGAUUACGUGCUGAUGGCGUGGUUGCACGUGCGCGAAACACCGGUGUACGAUAAUGCCAAACAUAAUGCUACCCGUCGGUACUGCUUUAAACUGUUAGCCCAUCAUGCCACCAGCGCACUGAAGCAUGGCGCAUUGGGACUCGGUACGGAGCGGAUUGUACGGUUCCAUCAGAAGCUUCCCUGUAUGGUAGCGGACUGUGCAGAGAUUAGCGAAUGUCGUAAGUGCCUUGAUCAUCUUAUGAAAUGAUUGUAAGGGGCAUUAUUUAGAGAAAAGUGAGAAUGUUUAUACCUGUGUUCUGUUGUUGCCUUCGAAAAGAUGGGAAUGUUAGUCCAUUCGUUUCUUAUAGAA